GGUCUUUUAUAAUGUGAGGUUACUUGGUGAACACAUGUAAAUAUUUGGAAAUCAAACAAUUUCAACAAUUCUCAUCAAGUUAAAGUCUUCAGUAUCGAUUCAUACCAAUAAAAUGGCGGAAAUUAAUAUAGAUACAGACAAUUUUGAACCAAAGAAGGCUAAAAAAAGAACAGCUACAACAGGAGAAGAUAUGGAAGUAGAGAUAAUUAAUGGCAUAGAAGGAAGUAACAAAGUUAGACCGCCAAGAAAGAAAAAAACGAGGUCUCUAUCUUUUUCCGAAACAAAAGAUAACAUGAGAAAGAUUCCAGUACCAUCUCACAGAUAUUCUCCACUGAAAGAAAACUGGUUAAAAAUAUUCACGCCUAUAGUGGAACAUCUUCAACUUCAGAUUAGGUUUAAUCUUAAAACUAGAAAUGUUGAGAUCAAGACCUGCAAAGAAACUCAAGAUAUCGCAAAUUUACAAAAAGCCGCAGAUUUUGUAAAGGCAUUCAUUUAUGGUUUUGAAGUAGAAGAUGCUCUCGCACUUAUUCGUCUUGAUGAUCUUUUUGUUGAAACUUUUGAAAUUAAAGAUGUAAAAACUUUAAAAGGGGAUCAUCAAUCUAGAGCUAUAGGAAGAUUAGCUGGAAAAGGAGGAAGGACGAAAUUUACAAUAGAAAACGUCACAAAAACUAGGAUUGUUUUAGCUGAUAGUAAAAUACACAUUUUGGGUAGCUUUCAAAAUAUUGCUUUAGCUAGGAGGGCCAUAUGUAAUCUGAUACUUGGUUCACCGCCUUCUAAAGUAUAUGGACAGUUACGAAAUGUUGCAUCUAGAGUUUCUGAAAGAUUGUGAUUAAAUUAUUUGAAUUG